UUUACAGUUUCUUCACUUCAGCCACAGUGGAACACACGAAAUUACACGACGCACACGGUAGCUUAGCUUUCUUUUGUUAGAAGGUAAUUUGAAGACGGUUUUAGGUAAAUAUUUGCGUGUUUGCUAUAAAAAUGUCUUCAGUUCAGCCCGAGAGGGAGUUUAUGAACGAGCAGGUAACUCCUGCUGGAGAAACAUUGAAAGAAAUCAACGUUAAGAUGGAGGAAGAGAUGGAGGAUCAGCGCAGACUGAUGGAUUUUACUCGGAUACCGAAGAUAAUUUUACACCGGACAGAACCCCUGCAGUGCUGUAAAGAGGAGGAGAUUCUGAAUGAGCCCAGCAACCAGGAGGAAAACUCCACUUUAGAUAAAGAGGAACCUCUGCAGAUGAAACGGGAGCAAGAGGAACCAGAACCUCUGCAGAUGAAACAGGAGGAAGAGGAACCAGAACCUCUGCAGAUGAAACGGGAGCAAGAGGAACCAGAACCUCUGUUCUCUGGCAGAUGGUUCCACAAGCAGGAGCCAUAA